AUAUUUCUUAUGCCGAUCAUAUGUGGUUGACAGAACUCGAGAUUCACGUGGGAACCAAAAUGCCAUUUUAGAUCCAUUUAAGAAGAAUCGAGUUCAAUCAGAAUUCGCACCUAUCAACAUCAGCAAGAGGCAGCUUCGGGGCUCUGCUUUAACACCAUCCAACCUUCAUUAAUCUUCUCAAAUAUAUUCCCAACUCGUGCAUUUUUAGACUUUGCAGAGUAAAAUGUGGCUUCCUUUGGUACUUGUAAUGAUGACGAUGAUCUCAUGCUUGGAAGCUGUCGUUGGAACAAACAAUAACAACAAUCCCAUGAAUAUGGUAAUAAAAACUCAAACUUUUUCAUCUCCAUCAUUCACCAUGACACCUGGUUUAGUAAUCGAGAAAUACUUCUACGAUAUCAACUUCCCAAAAUCCCACAUUGCCAUAAAAAGCUUUGAUGUUGAAGUUGUAGAUGAAUCAGGCAAUCAAAUCCCACUUCCACAAACUUACCUUCAUCAUUGGGCACUUGUGAGAUAUUACCAACACAAAAAUGCAACAAACCCAACAAUAAAUACUGUCUAUAGCGAGCUUCAAGAACCGAACUUUAUCAUUGCUAGCAACAAUGGAGUCUGUGGACGGAACGUUUUAACGGCCUACUACGCCAUGGGAUCCGAAUCAAGAAAACUAUCCACAUUUCUUCCACACCCAUAUGGAAUUGAAGUUGGGAAUCCAAAAGAAAUUCCGGCAGAUUAUGAAGAGAGGUGGAGUCUCAAUGUUCAUGCAAUUGAUACAAGAGGAGCAGAGAACAAGUUGGGAUGUAUUGAGUGUCAUUGCCAUUUGUAUAAUAUUACAAAAGAUCGAUUUGGAAGGCCAUUAACGGAAGAUUAUAAAGGAGGUUUGCGCUGUUGUUAUGAUAAAACAAAGUGCAGAGUGAAUGUAAGUGAUGGAGAAGAUUUCAAAGAAAGGAAUUUGUUUGUGAGAUAUAGAGUGAGGUGGGUGGAUUGGAAUGAUUUUGUGAUUCCUGUUAAAGUUUAUUUAUUAGAUGUUACUGAUACUUGGAAGCCAUUGUCAGACUCAAAGGAAGCUUCUCAACAACAUAAUUGUCUGAUUGAGUAUGAUGUAGAAGCAGAGUCUUGCUCCCACACAAAUAAGGUUGAUGAUGAUAAAUGUAAUGCUGUGAAGAAGUCGAAGAUAAUGUUUCCAUCAAGUGGGUAUCUCAUCUAUGGAGUGGCUCACCAACAUAUUGGUGCAACUGGUGCAACAUUUUAUGGAGAGGAUGGAAGAGUUUUAUGUUCUUCAUCUCCAAUUCAUGGGAAAGGAAAUGAAGAAGGAUACGUGACUGGAAUGACAACUUGUUAUCCACAGCCCGGCUCAAUGAAGAUCAAGAAAGGAGAAAUGGUAACUUUUGUAUCCAAUUAUAGUUCCACAAUGACCCACAGAGGAGUUAUGGGUAUCUUUCAUAUUUUUGUUGCUGACAAAAUAUUCAAAUCAUCAUCACCACUUUCGGAAGAAGUUGGCAAUAACAACACCAUCGUCAUGUAAAGAUCUAAAUCUAAAGCUUAGUUUGGAUUGUCGUAGCUUUUUGAAUAAGUGAUAUACAGUAUAGUAGGAAGUAUAUUAAUAUUUGGUAAAUUUACGGUUUAGAUAUUAAAAAGUGGACGUUACAGCUGUUUGCUAUAUAAAUAUUAGAUUAUUAUAUUUUGUUGAGAAUUCCACCAAAAAAAAUUAGUGAGACUUCUCUCUAGGGGCGUAAGAAUAACCCGAACAACCCGAUAACCCGGACUACCCAACCCAUAUUAUAUGGGUUGGGUUGGGUUAGUUUAAAAUGUGGAUUGGAUUGGGUUGAAAAUUUUGGUUUUUUUCGGGUUGGGUUGGGUCUCGGGUUGGGGGUUGAAAAAUUUGGAUC